AUGUGUAAAGAUCGCGCGUGUCUCCGGUUCCUUUUUACUCACAAAUCAAAACUGCGAGCAAAAACAUCAAAGAGAAAAUUUUAGGGUUUCUCAUAAGGGUAUCAAACGAAAUCUUGAGCAAGUGAAUUUACUCGGAAAAUCUGUUCUUGCUAGAUUGGGUUCUUCGUAGGCAUACGAGCUUUUCAUAGAACUGCUGAUAUCAUGUUAUAUGUCUUCAAUUCAAGAAGACACGCUAGAUCAUGUUAGAUACCCAGUGUCGAAGUUAUCCCAUCUGUACCGCCAUGAAAUUUGUGGAUAAUCUUCCAUUUGAAGUUGGUCAGCUGAUAGAAUCAAAAUCGUUUCUUGAAGGUUACCGUGGAGCAUGGUUUCGGUGUAAGAUUAAAGAUUACGGAAAGAGAUGCGGGGAACAUAAUGUUGCAUUGGAGUAUAUUGACUUUCCAGAUGAGAAAAGAACAUGGAUUCACUUGUAUCGUCAGUCUCCGGCUGAGAGAAAUUUGGUUUCCAAAAGAAGACAUUUGAUGUUGCGGCCUAGCUAUCCUCAGAUUUACCAUCGGAAUCAAAUGCCUGAUACGUGUGACAUCUCAGAAAUAAUAGCAAUUGUUGAUGGUACCUGGAACGUGGGAGAUAUGGUUGAUUGGCUCACGGAUGGUUGCUAUUGGUCUGCAUGGAUCACUAAUGUACAAGAUGAGGAAAAUGUACAGAUUCAGUUACCAGAACCUCCAGCGGGUGAAGGAGGAUCUUAUGUAGUUCCUAGUAAAGAAUUACGUCCAUCCCUGGAUUGGACGCCUGAGCUCGGUUGGACUGUGCCUAUCUCCAAGAUAGGUGCGACUUCUCGUCCCUGUGUUCGUUUGAUACAGCGUAAGAGUCCAGGUAUUGCAAGAAAGGACGACUUAGGUACAGGUGAGAAAUCAUCAUUGAAGCUUAGUUCGGCUUCUGUUUCUUCACAUAGUUUAGCUGGCUCAUUGCGUUCAGAGUUCUCAAGGGGUUCUUCAGUAAGUAAUAUCAAGAAAAGCUCCAAUUCUCUGGAAACAGUAGUGAUGAAAAAGCAUUCUGGUGAUAUGCUGCACAAACGGAAGACUGAAACAUCAAGCAUAAAGAAUGAUGGCACAGAAACCAGUUUUCCAGAUAGUGUUUCCUCCAAAUCAGUUUCAGCAAGAAAUAACGUGGCUUCAAGAGAGCAGUAUAAUUUUUGUGGGUCCUCGAAGAAGUUGAGGAAAAGUGAAACCGAGUUGAAUUCAACAUUCAUCGACACUAUAGAGGCUUCUAUUAUGGAUUUAGAGGAACUUGUUAACAAGGUUAAAUGGCUCAAAGGAGCUUUAGCCUACGGGGUUGAGCUUUCAAAUGCAAUGAAGCCUUCAUGGAAGUUCGUGGAAACUUGAACAUAAACUGCUUUAGGCCUGAAAGUUAUGGUGAGAACAUAGGGUUAACUCCAGUAUGUAUAUAAUUAGUAGAACGUGCACAUCAGAUGGAUGAAAUUUUUUGAAGUUUACACGGGAGCGGACGUAGGUAGAAUUGCUGAAAUGCUCUUUCAUUUGUGAUCUCCUAUCUUUUUGUUUGUUGUUCAUGGAAGAAAUGGCAAAACAUCUAACUUGUCAUCCAUAUACUAGAAUGUAUAUUGUAUAGCGUUUAUUUUCCUUUUUCUCGAA